AUGGCGUCUUCGUCGGCGAAUUUGUGGGUGUUGCUGGGGCUAGGGCUGGCUGGAAUACUCAUACUGACUAAGAAGCUGAAGAGGGUUGUGAAAGCUGAUUUUGGGGCGUUUAUAGAGAGGCUUCAGCUACUGCCGCCGCCUCAGCCCGCCCCUCCGAAAGCCCCCCACCCUCUAACCGGCCUCUCCUUCGCCGUCUCUGAUGUAUUAGAUAUUGAAGGAUAUGUGACUAGCUUUGGCAAUCCGGACUGGUUGAGGACUCAUGAGGCUGCUUCUCGUACGUCUCCCGUGGUUGCUGCCCUUGUUGAUGGAGGUGCCACAUGUGUCGGAAAAACUGUCGUGGAUGACAUGGCAUUAGGUAUUAGUGGAGAAAAUAAGCAUUACGGUACACCCACUAAUCCUGCCUCACCAGCACGAGUGCCAGGAGGAGCCUCUAGUGGUGCUUCUGUAGCUGUGGCUACUAACCUUGUUGAUUUUUCUUUAGGUAUUGACACCGUUGGUGGCGUGCGAGUGCCUGCGGGAUAUUGUGGUAUACUGGGCUUUCGGCCAUCUUAUGGGAUUGUCUCACUUUCAGGGGUAAUUCCUGUUUCCACAAGUCUUGAUACCAUUGGAUGGUUUGCAAAGGACCCAAGUAUACUUCGUCGUGUUGGCCACGUGCUGUUGCAAGUUCCAUAUGCUACCCAACGUAAUCCAAGGAACAUUGUGGUAGCUGAUGACUGUUUUCAGUUAUCAAAAGUUCCUAUCACUCAGGUGGUAGUCAAAUCCAUGGAGAAGCUCUAUGGAAGGCAAGUAUUGAGGCAUGAGAAUCUUGGUGACUAUCUAAACUUAAAGGUUCCAAGCUUAAAUGCAUUUAAUGUUGGGAAACCAAAUGGUGAAGUAAAAUCUUCUUCCAUAAGAUCAUUAGCAAAUGUCAUGCAGAUGCUUAAGCGGUAUGAAUUCAAACAAAAUCAUGGUGAAUGGAUAAACUCAGUAAAGCCUUCUCUGGAUCCUGCUAUCACAGCUCAAAUACCUGAAGUGCUCAAGUUGGCCAAUACAGAAUUAGAAAAAAUUCACACAGUUAGGAGUGAAUUGCGUUCAGCUCUGAAUGCCCUUUUAAAGGAUGGGAUUCUAGUGAUCCCUACUUCUGCUGAUCCUCCUCCAAAACUGGGUGCAAAGGAGAUCCUAUCGGAGGACUACCUGAUCAAAACAUCUUCUCUUUCAAGUUUAGCCAGCAUGUCGGGCUGCUGUCAGGUUGCAAUACCAUUGGGAUUCCAAGACAAAUGUCCCAUCUCUGUAUCCCUAUUAGCCGGGCAUGGAAGUGACAGAUUUUUGCUGGAUACACUGCAAACUGUAUAUGCAACUCUCCAGGAGCAACUCGAUGCAGCCACAAAACCAAAAACAUCAAAUAAUGCUGUUACCCGGGAAGCAUUGGCAGAGUUGGCUAAAGAUAAGGGUAACCAAGCAUUCAAAGAUAAGCAGUGGCAGCAGGCCAUUGGCUUUUAUACAGAAGCUAUCAAACUCAAUAGUAGUAAUGCAACAUAUUAUAGUAACAGAGCGGCAGCGUAUUUGGAACUGGGAAGUUUCAUCCAAGCUGAAGCAGACUGUAGUAAAGCCAUUGAUCUUGAUAAAAAGAAUGUAAAGGCCCAUUUAAGAAGGGGAACAGCACGGGAAAUGUUGGGAUACUAUAAAGAAGCAAUAGAAGAUUUCAGAUAUGCACUUGUUCUUGAGCCAAAUAAUAAGAGAGCAGCUCUGUCUUUGGACAGGCUGAAGAAAUUAUUUCUAUAG